ACUCCUAAUAAGUUGCCUUGGACAAGAAAAAUUCUAGGCUCUCAAAAAAUAAAAAAGGGGUUGAUAUGAUAUAUGAGAAUCUAAGGGCUUGGCGUUCGGAAACGAGGAAUGACGUGCACUCGCUUUUAUGUGUUUCGAAGUGAAUAUGACUCAAACAUAUAGUCAUUGGGACCCUCUAUGGUAAAGUCUGAUGAUAUUCUUUAUGUUAAAAUGUCCGAAAUAAUCCCGAACACAAGUUAUGUGUAUUGCACUUGACCUAUUUUGAAUGAGAAAUUUACUGGUGUUAAGGCGAGAUGAUAAAUUAGUGAUUUUGAAAAGUUUGUACAACGAUUGUUUAAAAUUUUAAUUCAUAUAAGUUAAUACAACAUUUCAAAAAAUUUCCCCUUUGUUAUCUGCUCGAAUUUUUUCCAUUUCGAGUUAGGCUGGAACUUGCUAGCAGCAACCGAACCAACCCGAAGAUUUCAAACACAAAUUUUAUGCCAGAAAGCGAUCGGAACUCCGCCAAAAAUCAAACCCCUAACCGGAAGAACCAAAUGCAGAGAGAGCAAGUAGCAGCCAAAGCAGCAAAAGGGAAAUCCUAACUCAACCAGGAAAACUCAAACCAAAUCCUAAGUCGUCCAGGAAAACUUUUACGUAACAAACAGACAUAAAAGGGAAGGUAUUGUCGUAUCCUAAUUGGAAAAUCAAACCAAACUCUAUAUGCAGGAGUUCCGACAACACGAGGAGUCCCAACUACAUGAGGAUGAAUGUGUCCGACUAUAUAUAUCGAAUGUAAGAUUUGAUUUGUCAUCAGUUAAUCUCAAAACAGAACGAGUACGUUGAUUUGUUACUACGAACAAGUAUUCGAUUAUUGCAAACGAAGAUAGACUAACAUGCCUUCGAUGGAGAAGGUGACGCAAUGGAGGAGAUUGGUGAUCCUUGGAGUAGCACUAGCACUACUUGGUUUGCUCUUCUUCUUCCCUAUUAACAAUGCUGCUUCUGAGACGACGAGGAUUUCUGGAAGGCGAGCACUGAGGAGCGUUACUGGCGAUGAGCUCAACUUCAACCAGAUGCUAACAGAGCAAACUCAGAACACGGUGGAGCUGUACAAUGGCAUUGUCCGAGUCACUUUUUCAAAUCCCGGAGGAGACGUCAUUGGAAUUCAAUACAAGGGAAUUGACAACUUGCUUGACAUCAAAAACCCCCCAAGCAAUAGAGGUUACUGGGAUCUUGUAUGGAAAAAUGGCGAGGACAGACUACAAGCAACAACAUUUAAGAUUGUUACAUCGACGGCGGAUCAAAUAGAGAUUUCUUUUAAUAAGACUUAUGAUGUUUCCCUCAGAGAUUGGACGCUACCCUUAAAUGUUGACAAAAGGUACAUAAUGCAGCGUGGUCGCGCUGGGUUCUAUGCGUAUGCCAUAUACGAGCGUCUAGAAGGGUGGCCGGAAUUGCGCAUAGAUCAAACAAGACUUGCUUUGAAGCUUCGAGAAGAUAAAUUUCAGUUCAUGGCUAUAUCAGACGACAGACAAAGAUUCAUGCCAACAGCCGAAGAUCGCGAAGGAGACCACGCUCAGACCCUUGCCUAUCGUGAAGCUGUUCUUUUAACUAAUCCAAGCAAUCCCGAGUUUAAAGGAGAGGUGGAUGACAAGUACCAAUACUCCAGUGACGUCAAAGACAUUAAGGUUCACGGUUGGAUUAGCACUGACGAUGCUAUAGGGCUUUGGAUGAUCACACCUAGUACUGAGUUUCGUUCAGCGGGGCCAUUCAAGCAGGAACUUACCUCUCACGUCGGCCCAACUGCCCUCACUGUGUUUCUUAGUAGUCACUACGUCGGGAAAGAUGUUGGGUUGACCUUUGCAGACGGUGAGGCAUGGAAGAAGGUUUUCGGGCCCGUCUUUUUGUAUCUUAACUCAGACGUUCCAAGCUCGAAUGCGUCCUUCUCUCUGUGGGAAAAUGCAAAAGAACAGAUGUAUGAAGAAGUAAAGAGUUGGCCAUACAAUUUCACACAGUCCGAAGACUUUCCUAACUCCAAUGAACGCGGAUCAGUUUCUGGUCAGUUACUAAUACGGGAUUCGUACAUCAACGAGAGCCUAGUCUCAGCAAGUUAUGCUUACGUGGGACUGGCUCCGCGCGGAUACGCGGGAUCAUGGCAAACAGAAUGCAAGGGUUAUCAGUUCUGGACUCAAGCUGACAACCAAGGUUAUUUCUACGUGAAAGAUGUUCGACCGGGGAACUAUAGUUUGUAUGCAACUGUUCCAGGCUUCAUUGGGGACUACAAAUACGAGUACGAUAUUACAAUUGAAGCAGCAAGUGAAGUCAGUUUAGCUACUCUUACCUUUGAACCUCCGAGAAACGGUCCGACCUUGUGGGAAAUCGGCACGCCUGAUCGAUCAGCCGCAGAGUUCAACAUACCGGAUCCAUAUCCAACCCUUGUGAACCGUUUGUUCACUGAUAAUUACGCAAACAGGUUUAGGCAAUAUGGCUUGUGGGAACGAUACGGAGAUUAUUACCCUGACCGUGAUCUCAUCUACACCGUCGGCACUGACAAUUACGGUGAUGAUUGGUUUUACGCUCAUGUGACAAGGAACAGAAAUGGUACAUACGAGGCAACGACAUGGCAAAUUGUAUUUCAACUUGAGAACGUUUGGAACACCGGAAAUUAUACGCUCCAAUUGGCGUUGGCCUCGGCCAACUACGCAGAACUGCAGGUCCGAUUCAACAACCAGAAUGACGCAGCUCAUUUUUCGACGGGGCUAAUAGGGAAGGACAAUGCCAUAGCAAGGCAUGGAAUUCAUGGUUUGUACUGGCUCUUCAGUGUCGAUGUGCCGAGCUAUCGACUUCAAAAAGGAUACAACACCGUCUAUCUUACUCAAUCAAGAAACUGGGGACCUUUCGCAGGACUUAUGUACGACUACAUCCGACUAGAAGGACCUCCUCCAAACUGAUUGUAUUUUAUGUAUUUUCAAAGAGUUUUACAGUAAUUAAGAUUUACGAUUUUUU